AUGGCGCUCUAUAACUACAUUAGGAAGCAUGAUAAGCGUAAUCGACAUUUUCAAAAGGUCGAGGAUAAUCCAGAUGAUUUUGUUUAUGAAGAGAAUCAAGCAUAUGACAAUAAUGUAGAAGGGAAUCAAGCUUUACUAUCACUGAAAAUGGAUGAACCCGCUGCAGCCGUAGUUGGCCAAGGAUUCGUUGCAAUAAACAUGACAUUCCGAAACACCGCCGGAGCCAUCAAGCACCAAGCAGUGGCGGUGCGAAACGGCGCUGACUCGUCCGCCUUCUACAACUGCAGCUUCGAAGGCUACCAAGACACCUUAUACACGCACUCCCUCCGCCAAUUCUAUAGGGAUUGCGACAUCUACGGAACAGUCGAUUUCAUCUUCGGCAACGCGGCGGCCGUCCUCCAGAAGUGUAACAUUUAUCCGAGGCUCCCGCUGCAGAACCAAUUCAACGCCAUCACGGCGCAGGGAAGGACCGACCCGAACCAGAACACGGGGACUUCAAUCAACAACUGCACCAUAAGGGCUGCAAAUGACUUGGCCUCUUAUAACAAUGGCACCACAAAAACCUAUCUGGGAAUGCCAUGGAAUGAAUAUUCAAGAGCAGUUUAUAUGCAAUCUUAUGAGGAUAGUUUGAUUGACCCAGCUGGGUGGAGAGAAUGGUCUGGGGAUUUUGCGCUUAAUACUUCGUAUUAUGCAGAGUUCAAUAAUACAGGACCAGGGUCUAAUACUAGUAGUAGGGUCACUUGGUUGGGUUACCAUGUGAUAAAUGAGACAGAUGCUGUGAAUUUUACUGUGUCUAGUUUCAUUGUGGGUGAUGUUUGGUUGCCCACAACUGAAGUGCCUUUCACAAGUGGGUUACUUUGA